UCCUGUAAACAAAAGCAGAUCGAACGCAUGAAAAACGGGAGGAAUUCUGGAAACUACGUUGUACCGUUUCAAGGGGGAGGGAUGACUUUUUGUUUGCUAUUUGUUUUUCUUGGCCUGUUAAACAACAGAUAACAAUGUUUUGCUGAAACGUGACUGUGGCUGAAGUGUAAAGCCAAACGGGGCGGCGGGUUGGAGAUUAGAAUGAGGAAGUAAUAUUAUUGCUUUGGUUAAUAUGUAACAGCCAGCCAACAGUCUGAUUCAAAGGUCUGUCCCCACAAUGCAAGGCCUGCUGGGAAAGUCUACUGGAGUAACAGUGAGUGAAAACACUGGGGGAAGCACCGCUGCUGAAACACAGAACCGGAACGAGUCGUAGAGAGAAGGUUGUCCUGUUUGCUCUGCGAUCCUUCUCCUCUUCCGCCCAUCGGCCCACCGCUGGGACCCCCUCUCAUGGGUAAAGAGGCGGCCAACACCGGGCCCCUGGCUCAUAGGCCAGACAACUCGGCCUUCAUGCAGCAGCGUCUCCCGGCCUGGUCCCCCAUGCUAACGACUAGCACAGUCCUGCCCUUCAUGUACUGCAUGGCUGUGCUGUGCCUGGUGGUGGGAGUGUCUUUGCUCAUCACCGUACAGGGCACACAGGAAAUGAAGUUGGACUAUACAGAGGCCGGGACAUGUAACAACUGCUUUCAAUCCCUUAAAAAUGUCUCCAAUGCGGGAAAAUCCUGCUCAUGUCGAGUGGUGUUUACUCUUGAACACGAAUUUAAGGGUGAUGUUUUCUUCUACUAUGGGCUCCAGAACUUCCACCAGAACCUCCGCAAGUACAUGGAUUCCCGGGAUGAUGCACAGAUGGUUGGCAGAAAGCAAAAUCUCAAGAACCCGAGCUCAUACUGUGAGCCAUAUAUAAGGGAUGAAAAGGACGUUCCCAUUGCUCCAUGUGGUGCUGUAGCCAACAGCAUGUUCAACGACUCCUUCGCUCUGCAGUACCAGGGUCAACCCGGCGACCCCAUCAAUACCGUCCCUCUGUACAGGAAGGGAAUCGCCUGGUACACCGACGAGAAUGUCAAGUUCCGCAACCCGCCCAGGAACAAGAGCCAGACCCUGGCCCAGGUGUUUGAAGGCACAACCAGUCCCCCAUACUGGCAGAAGCCUGUGUACCAGCUGGAUCCACUGGACGCCACCAACAACGGCUUCAUCAACGAGGACCUGAUCGUGUGGAUGCGGGAGGCGGCCUUCCCCAACUUCAAGAAGCUCUACGGGGUCCUGGUACGAACCCAGGAGCCCUUCACCAAUGGACUGCCUGCUGGGAACUACAGCAUCGACAUCGUCUACAACUUCCCCGUACAGUACUUCAAGGGCAGAAAGCAGGUGGUGCUGUCUACAGUGACGUGGUUCGGAGGCCAGAACCGUUUCCUGCCCAUUGCUUACCUGGUGACCAGCGGCCUGGUGUUCAUCAUAGCGAUCUUUCUCACCGUCAUCUGGUGGAAGUUUGGCAAGGAUGCUAAGAACAUGAACGAAUGACGGCACUUUUCUGUAAAACUUGUAUAAAGUGUUUACACUUCAGCACUUGAAUGUCAAUCGCUGAGAUUGUUUUGUUCGUUUCAUUUUGGGAGUGGAGUGACACUGGAAAUCAAACAACAAGUUUGUCAGAUUUAGGACCUUCUAUUUUUCCAAUUGUAUGCUAUUGCCUGAGACAGCUUUUAUACCCAAUGAAUUGGUGGUAAAUAUCUCUAACACCAUAAAUUAAA